AUGACCUCCAAUCCUCAAGGAACUCCACUAUCUGCCAAGCAUCUGGCAGCAGCGUUGUUGCAAAACCAGCAGCAAGUGGAUGUACAGGUGACCAAUCUGCAGAAUGCCAUGAAACAACUAGCACAACAACCGGCGCAGGAUUUGCCUCAACCCACAGCAACACAACAGAUAGUGGCCCAAUCAAUGCUUCUGUGUCCCCAAGGGAGCUUGCCAGAGAAUUUUGGAGGGGACCAGGAUCAAUUCCUGACAUUCACAGCUCAAUGUUGGAAUGAUUUAGCCCUGACUGACCAGUUCAGAGAAGGGCUGGCCGAAGACCUAAGAGACGAGCUGUUUAAUUUUGUGGGCAAACUGCUUGGUCCAAGAGGAAAUUCCUUGAAAAGACUACAAGAGGAAACGGGUGCAAAAAUGUCUAUCCUUGGUAAAGGUUCGAUGAGGGACAAAGCCAAGGAAGAAGAACUAAGAAAAAGUGGGGAAGCCAAAUAUGCACACUUGAGUGAUGAACUACAUGUAUUAAUUGAAGUGUUUGCCCCUCCUGGUGAAGCUUAUUCACGGAUGAGUCAUGCCUUGGAAGAAAUUAAAAAAUUUCUUGUUCCGGACUAUAAUGAUGAAAUCCGUCAAGAGCAAUUGAGAGAAUUGUCAUAUUUAAAUGGUUCAGAGGACUCACCUCGUGGGCGAAGUAUUCGAGGAAGAGGAAUUCGGGUUCCUCCUGCAGCUCCUUCAAGGGGACGUGGGAGUGCUGUUCCUCCACCACCACCUGGACGAGGAGCUCAAGUAACAAGAGGAACCCCAGUGACACGUGGAGUGCUCCCAGUCCCACCUGUCACCAGAGGGGUCCCUACCCCUCGAGCAAGAGGAGUUUCAGCAGUACCAGGUUACAGGGCCCCCCCUCUACCAGCACAUGAACCUUAUGAAGAAUAUGGAUACAAUGAUGGAUAUGGGGGUGAAUAUGAUGAACCAAGUUAUGAAGCCUAUGACAACAGCUAUACUACACAAACACAGAG